UGUCACUCCUAGUGUCCGUGAUGGUUUUAACGAUAUUACUGAUAUUCUCAAUUGCUCUGGUGAGGAGCGCGUUUAGUUCGAAUAUUUUGAUAGCAUGUUCAAUACCGUCGCCAAGUCACCAAAUUUGGAAUUAUGCCUUUGCGGAGGGCCUAAUGGAAAAAGGCCACAACAUAACCAUGGCAGGGCCAGAUGCCCAUAUGCACAAACCGUCCGAUAGGUACCAUCCCAUUGUUUUCGAAGAUAUCGUAGUGAAGUUAAUGGCAUCGAAGAAGUUUGACUUCGAAGGCAGCACAGAUCAAAGCGCCUUCCAAUCGCUGAUAGCAUUGUAUAACUACGAAUACCUCUCUUGCAAGUUCUUGUACGAGUCAGACGGCUUCAAACAGAUCCUAAAUUACCCUAAAGAUUACAAAUUUGAUCUCAUCAUCGUAGACAUGACAGUGGGUCCCUGCUUGCAUCCUCUUAUUCAAAGGUUCAACUAUCCUCCAACAAUUGGAACCACAGCUUUUCUCUUGCCUCCAGAUCUUUCCUUUUCCUUCGGCAAUUACUUACCCCAGUCUUACCUGCCUCACUACCACUUGAGCUAUUUUCAAAAUAUGACUUUUUCUGAACGCGUCAUGAACUUCGUCGUGGCUAAUUUUGAACUUGCUGUUAAGUACGUGUACGAAGCAAACCAGAUUCAGAAAUUAGCCUAUAAGGCCUUUGGCGAAGGCAUGGAGUCGGUGAGAGAUUUAGAAAAGCACAUUUCUCUGCUUCUGUGCAACUUGUCUCCUGCAUUUCACUAUCCACAGCCAAUCACACCGAAUAUUAUACCGGUGGGAGGGCUUCACGCUAGACCAGCUGGAAAGUUACCUCAGGAUAUCCAAGAAAUCAUGGAUAAAUCUACAAAUGGGGUUAUUAUAAUGGCUCUAGGAACGAACGUAAGGUCAGACAAACUACGAAAAUUAAAAGUAGAAGCCAUUUUAGGCGCUUUAAGUAAAUUGAAACAAACAGUGUUGUGGAAGUUCGAAAGUGACUUUGAUAACUUACCAAAGAAUGUUAUUAUUAGAAAAUUCCUGCCGCAGAACGAUAUUUUAGCGCACCCAAACACGAAAUUGUUUAUUAGUCACGGAGGCGGUUUGAGCACGUUGGAAACCGCUUACCACGGAGUGCCAAUCCUCGGAAUACCAUUUUUUAUCGACCAGUUUAUGUUAACGAACGCCAUGGUGGAGAAGGGAGUAGGUCUUAAACUAGAACUUUCUGAUGUCACGACGGAAAGUUUGUUGAAUGCCAUAAACGAACUACUACAGAAUAAAAAAUACUCUCGAAACAUCAAAGAAAUCUCGUAUCGAAUGAAAGACCAGUUGUCGACUCCCUUGCAGACGGCUGUGUUUUGGGCAGAAUACGCCAUCCGUCACAACGGCUCUCAUCACUUAAGCCCCAAAUCGAGACACUUGCCUCUCUUCGUAUCUACCUCAGCUGAUGUCAUCUUAUUUUUAUUACUGAUAUUUGCGCUCUCGCUCGGCGUACUGGUUUUUUCGGUUCGGUUUUUAUAUAAAUUUCUUUAUAGCAAACCUGGAAAAGAAAAAUUAAACUAACAAUAAGAUAAAAAAGAUGUAUGCCGCAAGUUACUGGUAUACUUUUAGUAGUAUAUUAAAGUACCUAAUGAGGGUAUAGUUAAAUUUAUACAGGGUUUGGCUGAUUGAGUAAUCAUAAAUGAACAAAAAAGUUGUAUAUUACAAGAGCGGUAAGAU